AUGUUGGGCAUCAAUGGACUCCUCCUCCUGUUCUUAGGGGCACUGCUGGCUCCUCAAACCCUUGGCCAGAGUGAAAACACCGAACUGAUAAAAGUUCUUUUCAAGCGGUCCGAAUACGUGAAUCAAGUAUUUUUCCAGUUGCUCUUUGCCAACUUGGACGCCAGCUUACUGGGCAACCCGAUCCCGGAUCCGAUGAAAUUUGACAAUUUUACGUACAACCACCAGUCAAUUUUUCAAGCAGGGGAGUCAAAUACGUACGAUCCCCUCCUUUUUGGAUAUGUCAACUCCGUCCUAUCCGUUGACGCGAAUGUUGAAACUUACCAGGCUAAUAUACACCUCACAAUUCCACAAGUACAUUUAACAGGGAUGUACGACCUUUGGCUCGAUCAGUCCUCCCCCUGGGGUAUAGGGGACAGAUAUCGCGGCAAUGGCGCGUACGCCCAUACCUUCACGAAUGUCGAGCUUUGGCUGAACCUAACCGUGGGGGAGGGUGGUCGCCCAAUCGCGACAGAUAUCGGAACAUCCCUUCGCUUCAACUCGUGCAGACUCUGGGCCGAAAACUUUACGCAUAAUGGCAUCUUUUGGGACGAAACCAAGUGGGAAGUUCAAUCGGGGAUUUUUAAGCAAGAAUUCGACAGCCCGGAGAAGGCUGGGGCUAGGGAAAUCCUACUAACGGAGGGGGCUCGGUCUUAUUUCAACAUUUUGUGGGGCAUACUGAAGGUUGAUCGAGAUCAAGCCCUGCAGAUUUUAAUUGAAUUGGGAACCAUUCUUAACCCCUGAUCUGGACCAGGACAUUCAAUUAAAUCUGAUACUGCGAUAAACGAUGUUUUUCAAAAUGUUACAACUAUAAUCUGAAGAUUUUUGUGGAUAAGUAAUUAUUCAUUAAGUAGAUUUGGGCAUAAACCCGU